AUGAUCUGUCCUAUUGAUAUUCCUGUUGGUGUUCAACAAACGAUUUCAAUACCAACAAUAGAUGCUGAUAAUGAUGAAGUUCGAUGUCGUUUUGCAAGCGGUGCUAUUGAAUGCGAUAGUUUUUGUCCACCAAAAUCAUUACCGAAUGGUACUACUAUUUCAAAUAAUUGUACACUUAUUAUCACAGGUGCUCAAGCGGAUGAUUGA